GAAGGGCUCUUGCUGAUAGGCGCUCCCCGGAAGUGACGUCCCUCCCCGCGUCGUCGGCAGUGUUGUUGUUGUUCCGGGGUCGGGAUCAUGGCGCGCUCCCUGCAGCUGCACGUGGGAGGGCUCUGAACUGGGCAGGGGCAGGCUUGCCAUGGGGACCCGCUGGCCUUCGUAGCACCAGCUGCUAGUCCUUUGCAGGGCUCCCUGGCGGCCUUAAGGCGCUGCAGGGCGGGGACCUGGAGAGGGGAGUCCAGGGAUGGCCUGGCUCUGAGAGGGGGUGGUUCACUUGGGAGGAGAGCUUGGCAAGGAGGCUGGGGGGAUCUUGGGGCUCUGGCAAGUUGGAAUGAGGCCCCAGAUUUGUGGAGUUGGGUGGGUCUGGUGAAUUGGGAAGAGGUCCCAGAUUUGGGAAUUUGGGGCUCUGACUAGUUGGAAUAAGGUCCAGGAUUUGGGAAACUGACAAGGUCUCAGAUUUGGGAGUCUGGCAAAUUGGAAUGAGGCCCCAGAUUUUGGGAUUUUGGGGUCUGGCAAAUUAUUAUUAUUAUUAUAUUACAUUUAUUUAUAUAUUGCCGUAGGCUUUACAUAGCACUUUACAAAGGAGGAAAACAUUGGAAUAAGGUCCUAGAUUUGGGGGGUCUAGUAAAUUGGAAUAAGGCCCCAGAUUUUUUUUUCCAGGGGUGUCUGGCAAAUUGGAACAAAGUCCCAGAUUUGAGGGGGUCUUUCCAAUUGGAAUAAUGUCCCAGAUUUGGGGUUUUGGGGGUCCUGAAUUUGGGGUUCUGGCAAAAUUGGAAUAAGAUUCCAUAUUUGGAGGUCCAGGAAAUUGAAAUAAGGUCCUAGAUUUGGGGGUUUGGUAAAUUAGAAUAAAGUCACAGAUUUGGGGGUUUGAAGGUCUGGCAAAUGGGAGUAAGGUUGCAGAUUUGGGAAUCUGGCAAAUUGGAAUAAGGUCCCAGAUCAUGGAGUUUGAAAAUUAUGGAGGUUCCAGAGCAAGGGAAGGGAUUUAGUAUGCCAACCAGGCGUAUGGGUAUAUUGGGCAUUAUUUUGCCACUUAUAUAGGGGGAAAAUGUGGCUCCCGAUAUAUUCCAUGCGACAUUGGUGCUUUCGUGGUCGGUGGAUCCUUGCAGGCAGCCAUGCUUGCAGGCACUACAAGAAGGAGACGCUCCCCUCACCAGAGGGGCCAGUCCCACCUGCCUCAGUUACAGAGAUCCGGCAGUAUCUCAGGGCGCAGGAGAUCCCCUUUCAUGAUGGCUAUAGCUGUAUUCACGUACCCAGUAUUUUUGUCGAGGAGCAGCAGCAGGUUCGCCAUAGCUACACACUCUUUAUUGACAAGACCACAGGCCGCUUCGUCUGCACAGCCACACUGGUUGAAGGGGACUGGCAGGACUUCCAGGCCAGUGUAGAGUUGCGGCAUAAAGGGGUGGCCCCAGGUGGGCUGGAAAAUAUAGAUGAGCCAAGAGACUAUGCUGGGGAAGAUGCCAGGCAUAUCUGGGAGCGAGCCAUGCCCCUCUGGGAACUGCUUGAUGAGCAGGAGACCCAGGUGGCUAAGACUAUGUUUGGAAUUUCCAAUGUGUCAAAUGCUACUCUGAAACGUUUUGGUGUGCGUUAUCUACGGACCGCUCAAACCUUGGUGUUCCCGUGGUUCAGCCCUCGUGGUACCAGCCUGAAGGGCUUAAAACUUCUGGGAGUUGAGCGACAAGGAGAGACAGUACACUAUGUGGAGAAUACCCUACCUCGCCCAAGUGCCUAUCACAACCUCUUUGGGCUGCCACUCAUCAGCCGGCGGGAUACAGAAGUGGUACUGACUGGCCGGGAGCUAGAUACUCUGGCAUUGUACCAAGCGACUGGGCUACCCACUCUGGCUUUGCCCCGUGGGAUCUCGUGCCUCCCCCCAGGCCUUCUCCCCUACCUAGAACAGUUCAAGCGGAUCACACUGUGGCUAGGAGAGGAUCUCCGCUCCUGGGAAGCUGCCAAGCUGUUUGCUCGCAAAUUGAGCCCUAAGCGUUGUUCUUUGGUGCAGCCGAGUGACCAGCAACUGCAGCCCUUAGACGCAUUCUCCCGUGGCUUGAACCUCACCAAGAUUCUGCGUUCAGCCCUACCAGCUGGCCACAAGGCCAUCAUUUCUUUUCGUCAGCUACGAGAAGAGGUCUUUGGGGAGCUAGCCAAUGUGGAGCAGGUGGCAGGAGUCAAAUGGAGUCGUUUCCCAGAACUAAACAAGCUCCUCAAGGGCCACCGGAAGGGAGAACUCACUGUCUUCACAGGACCAACAGGCAGUGGGAAGACAACCUUCAUCAGUGAAUAUGCCUUGGACCUCUGCACACAAGGGGUGAACACUUUGUGGGGUAGUUUCGAGAUCAACAAUGUGCGCUUGGCCAAGAUCAUGCUUACUCAGUUUGCCAUGGGGCGGCUGGAAGAACAACUGGAAAAAUUUGAUGAAUGGGCAGACAGAUUUGAGGAUCUUCCACUCUACUUCAUGACUUUCCAUGGGCAUCAGACUAUCAAGGCAGUAAUUGAUACCAUGAGGCAUGCUGUGUACAUGUAUGAUAUCAGUCAUGUUAUUAUUGACAAUCUUCAGUUCAUGAUGGGCCAGGAGCAACUCACAGUGGACAGGCUUGCUGCACAGGACUACAUUGUGGGUGCCUUCCGAAAGUUUGCCACGGACAACAGUUGCCAUGUAACUCUGGUCAUUCACCCCAGGAAAGAAGAUGAAGAAAGAGAACUACAGACAGCCUCAAUAUUUGGGUCUGCAAAGGCCAGCCAAGAGGCAGAUAAUGUGCUGAUCCUGCAGGACAGGAAGUUGGUUACGGGCCCAGGCAAGCGCUAUCUACAGAUCUCCAAGAAUCGUUUUGAUGGUGAUGUGGGAAUUUUCCCCUUGGAGUUCAGCAAAGUCUCCCUCACUUUCUCCACUCCCAUCAAAGGCAAAGCAGCCAAGUUGAAGAAGGUGAAGGAUGACAAUGGUGUGCCACUUAAGAAAGCUCCUGCAGGGGCUAGCGGGCCUUCAAAGAAGCAACGGUCUCAGCCACCCAGCAGCACAACCCCAGGGGCCUCCCCUGAUGAACCUGUCAAAUCAUGAGGAGAAAUAGAACAUGAUUUCAAAAGAAUUGGAAGCCAGCAAAAUCACUGCUCCCUCGCCUGAUUAUGAAAGAAGUAAUUGGAUUAGAUCAAUGGUUGGGUUGUUUCUGCUUAUUUUUAGCUAUUCACUGUUGGAAUGAAGUGUGAGAAAUUUUGGAGUGAUACAUGGACAGUAGCAGGAUUUGUAAUACCCUCUACUAUCAAGUAAUAAUCUGGAGAGGAAAUGGGGACUUCUUCCCAUUUCCAUCCAAGAGGAGACGAGUGGACAAACAUGUAUAUCCACCAUAAGGCAGAAUGUAUGCCUUCAGCCUGGCCUCUGGACACCUCCAGUUAAUAUUCAGUUACUGCAAGCAACUGGCAAUACAGCAAAAAAUGAACAUCACUGUUGGAAUGUUGUUUAUAUGACUCCUGCAUUAAUAUCUGAACAAAAUAAAGAUUUGUUGCAAAUCUGUAAGGUUUUACAUUGCUAGCCUGAGAUUAAAGAUGCCAGCUGGACACUUUUACACCAUACUUUAAUCAGACAGCCAUGGAUUCUAGGAGUUCAGUUUAAAAAUGUAAUGCUUAAGCUCUGAUAACAGCUGUAUUGCAAGACCAGUGGUUAAAACUUUAACAUUGUGAGAAAAGUUUUGUUUUCCUUUCUGAUCCAGGUUUUCAGUGGCAGGAUGGUAGGUUGCACUCAAGAGGAAUCAGUGAAGCCUAGAUGUGAAGGAACCAUUGAGUCAGGCCAGGUAUUGACAGAUCUGUCUGAGAUCUGAACUACAGGGUUAGAAUAAAUUAUUAGCUUGAAGACAUUCAGGCUGAAAUACCCUGACUGCAAAGUAUUUCUUUCAUAUGUAUAUGUUGAGCUCUGGGUUAGAACGUUAAACCCAGUGUGGAUUAUAGUGAGGAGUCUGCUUGAAGGAAGUAAAUCCCACAUUAUAUGUUUCAAAGGUGGCUCUUGUAAAGUUCCCAUUCAGAAAAGUAGUUUCGCUUCAUUGAAAAACUCUCAAAAUGAUUAAUGGUUUUCUCAUACAUUUCAAUUAAAACUUUUCAAUUGAUUUUUUAUCCUUGCAGUUCCCUGUACCUUUCUUAAUUUAAGGACUGCAACUGUAGAAAAUCUGCAUCCAGCAUAUUUCAGUUUAGGGUACAAGUGGAGACUUUUCUGGCUUUCCAGAGGUUUUGGACUGCAACUAUCACAAUCCCAUCUGCCAUACUUCAUGGGACUGGUGGGAGAUUUAAGCCAAAUCUCCAGUCCUCAUGUGUCUGAAAAAAAAUAGAUUAAAAACAGAUUCUUGGAAAUUGUUCCACUGUAGGAAAUGCUGCUUUUUGAAAUCUGAUUUCAAAAAUUACUGAAAUGCAUAUACCUGUAGGGACUGACUUGAGAAUCAAGUGUAUUCCUUCAGCAGUUUCAUCAUUAAUGAUCUGUGGGACUCUUCUGUGGAGGAAUCUAAACUGAUAUUUGACAUUGACUGUAAUUCAGUGUGACUUUAUACACAUCCCAAGAGGCAGAACCUCCAUAUUUUAACAGUGUUUGAAAUAAUAUAUGCAAGGUUUAGAAAUUAUGGGUUAAUUGACAUUUUGUUGGAUGUUGUGUCAUUUAUUUAAUUAUUUAAAAAAUUAUUUGUACUUCAUGUCUGAUGAUUUCCAUAUUGUCCACAAGAGGUCACCCUGUCUUUUGUUUUCCACACGUUUUCAAAUGCUAGGUUUUACAGGAUGGCAUGUUGUCUGACUUUCAUAUUUACCCACAGUUCCUCCAUAGAAUGCCAAACCUUGGCAUACUGCUUUCAGCUCUGAAAUCUUGGAAACCAGAGCCUGCAACCACUGAGACAUUAAAAUAGAAGUGCUACAAAUCACCUAAGUGUGCAGCCUGAAAUUUUCUGGAUUUAAACAAUCACUGAUAGAUAUUCAACCACUCGCUGUUAAAAAUAGUCUAGGAACAUUGCUUGCAUAACCUUCCGAGACUUUUAAAAUUGGAAGUCUCCUUAUUUCCUCCCAAAAACACACAAAAGAGCAUCUUAAGCCUGUUCACUGCUUGUCCUGGUCUCUGUAGUAUUGGUAUGAAUAUUUUCUCCUCUUUUUUAGAGUAACAUUUUUAGAUAUUUCAUAAAUAAAUCCUUGCCAUCAAUUGCUUAUUUCCUUAUCUCAAUAUAUGCUAAUAAACAUCUACCCCUUCCUCAAAAUA